AUGGGUAUUAAGCAGCUCUUUCAGAUCAUCAAGGAGGAAGCUCCAGAUGCGAUCAAGGAGGGUGAGAUCAAGAAUCAGUUUGGCCGAAAGGUCGCCAUCGAUGCCUCGAUGAGCAUCUACAGUUUCCUCAUCGCCGUACGAUCCGAUGGUCAGCAGCUCAUGAACGACAGCGGCGAAACGACGUCGCAUCUGAUGGGCAUGUUCUACCGCACUCUCCGCAUGGUCGACAACGGCAUUAAGCCUCUAUACGUCUUCGAUGGUGCGCCCCCUAAGCUCAAGUCUGGCGAGCUGGCGAAGCGUUUCCAGCGUAAGCAAGAAGCCACUGAGGGCCUCGAGGAAGCCAAGGAGACGGGCACAGCCGAGGAUAUUGAGAAGUUCUCCCGACGAACUGUUCGUGUCACCCGAGAGCACAACGCCGAGUGCCAACGCCUGCUGAAGCUCAUGGGUAUCCCUUACAUCAUCGCGCCCACCGAGGCUGAGGCCCAAUGUGCUGUGUUGGCGCAGGCUGGCAAGGUGUAUGCGGCGGCCAGUGAGGAUAUGGAUACUCUAUGCUUCAACUCUCCAAUUCUGUUGCGCCACCUCACAUUCAGUGAGCAGCGAAAGGAGCCUAUCCAAGAAAUUCAUCUCGAGAAGGUUCUUGAGGGACUUGGUAUGGAGCGCAAGCAGUUUGUGGAUCUCUGUAUCCUUCUCGGCUGCGAUUAUCUCGAUCCUAUCCCCAAGGUCGGCCCUACCACUGCCCUCAAGCUGAUCCGUGAUCACGGUUCAUUGGAGAAGAUUGUCGAGGCGAUGGAGAAGGACCCCAAGAAGAAGUAUGUGCUUCCCGAAGACUGGCCCUACAAGGAUGCGCGGGAUCUGUUCUUCGAGCCCGAUGUGAGAAAGGCCGACGACCCCGAAUGCGACGUCAAGUGGGAGAAGCCAGACAUGGAGGGUCUGGUGCAAUUCCUCGUUACGGAGAAGGGCUUCUCGGAGGAUCGUGUCCGCAGCGGAGGCGCGCGUCUGGAGAAGAACCUCAAGAGCUCACAACAAGCUCGUCUAGAGGGCUUCUUCAAGCCGGUUCCCAAGACGGAUGCGCAAAAGGCAGCGCACAAGCGGAAGCUGGAAGAGAAGAACGAGGAAAAGAAGAAGAAACUCAAGCAAGAGAAGAAGGACAAGGCGGCGGCCAAGUCGAAGCCCCGCGGAGCCGCAUAA